AUGUCCGCAGCACUAUCCACACCAUUUGUUAGACAACCACCCAUGCCUACUAGAAACGCUGCAUUCACUUGCAUUACUUGUCGCAUUGCCUUCCCAACUAGUGAAAGACAGCGUAAUCAUUGCCGAACAGAUUGGCACAAGUACAAUCUCAAACGCAAGAUUGCCGAUCUCGCUCCUGUCAAUGCAGAACAGUUUGCUCAAAAGGUUUUGGCGCAGCAGACCCAAAAUAGAGAAGCCGAGGAACGGCAAGGCUUAAUUUACGAGUGUGCAACAUGCCGGAAAUCGUACAACUCUGAAAACGGAUAUCAUAACCACAUGCAAUCCAAGAAACACAGAGAGAUGGAAAUCAAGAGCGAGAUUCUCGGCGCUGCUCUCCAUCAACAGCCGUCGUCACGACGACAGCAACAACAGCUUGCUCCACUCUUUUCUGACCAGUCGGAUCAAUCCGAUCUCGAAGAUGGUGAGCCAAUGGCUGUGAUUUUUGAUCCUUUGCGGAUUUGCCUAUUCUGCUUGCUGCCAAGCAACGAUUUUGAUGGCAACAUCGGUCACAUGGCAACCACACAUGGCUUUUUCUUGCCAGACCUUGAAUAUCUCCACGAUCGCAAAGGGCUGGUGGGAUAUCUGGCAGACAAGGUUGAACAUGAGCAUAUGUGUCUUUACUGCAAUGGCCGAGGCAAAGAAUGGAAAAGUGCACAAGCUGCAAGAACCCAUAUGCUUGAUAAAGGUCAUUGCAAGAUGGCCUAUGACGACAGCGAGGAUCCUGAGGAUUUGUUGAACUAUUACGAUUUUGAACCGCUUCAAGAAAGUGUAGCGGCUACCAAAACGAGCGACGAUACAGAACUGAUUUUAGAAAACGGAGCUCGUUUGGGACAUAGACAGAAUGUCAGAUUCUUCAGACAACGGUUACGUAGAAACCGUGAGGAAGAAGAAGGACAAGAAACAAAUUCAGCAAAGCGUUUGGAAGAAGCGGAAGCAUAUGCACGCGAGCAAGGAUUAACUCGAAGAGAGCGGCGGCACCUGUUGGCCAUUACGGAUGGCCGGAAAAGUGGUGGCGGCGACCAGAACGCCAGUACAUAUGAAGGCAUUCGGGAAGCUGCUGUCAAAAGAGAUUUCCAGCGGGAUGUCGGUAUUAAGCAUAAUAUGGCGACCACGUUGCGUUUGCGUAACCAAGUACCUAUCUAG